UCAUAACAUCAGUAAACAGUUGUAAAAUUAAUUUAAAAUGGACCUGUACGGAGAUGAUGCAGAACCGAUAGACGCUGGUGAAGAUUUAUUCAAACCAGAAUAUAAAAGAUACAAGAGAAAGGACAGGAAACUUGAUCUGAGUGACGUUAUCGACUUGACGAAGCUGACAAAUAUGGACAAGGUUGAAGAAAUAGCUCUACAGGCUUCUCAGCAUCCUGCAGUGAGGGGAUUAAAACCUCUGAAGGAGUGGAAAAGUUAUGCAAUCAAAGGUUUUCCUGGGUUCAUCUUUAUAAAGAAUCCCUUUGAGGAUGGACAACAGAGAUUCUGGAUUGAGCGAUGUGUGCUGGAUUAUCCCAACAAGCCCAGCAAAACCAUUUUAGAUAACUUGGUGGACAUGAGUGAUAUUGAUAACAUUUGGUUCUACAGUCAGAAUCAGUCUAUCUCAAACAUCACCGGGAAAGAGAGCCUUAUCAUGAAGCUUAGAUGGGCAACUAUGGGAUACAAUUAUGAAUGGAAUUCGAGAGCCUACUAUGAUGAAAUGAAGUCCUCCUUUCCAUCAGAUCUGCAUGAACUCUGUCGCUAUAUAGCCUCUGUUGUAGGCUACCACAACUUCUCUGCAGAGACUGCCAUUGUGAACUACUAUCACAUGUCUGGAGAUAUGGGGCCACAUAAGGACAUCUCAGAGAUUGACCAUGAUGCUCCUCUGCUGUCUUUUAGCUUUGGUCAGGAUGCAUUGUUCUUGCUUGGUGGAAUGACAAAAGCCACAAAACCUGUUUGUCUGUGUCUACAUAGUGGUGAUAUUUGCAUCAUGUAUGGUGACUGUCGACUUGUGUAUCAUGCUGUUCCUCGCAUUCUGCCGGCCAGUGAAGAUAUUCUCGGACAAUGUUACAAUUUUAGCACUGUAUCAAAUAGUUGUGAGAACAAAAUUACACCAGGAGAAAAUGGCAUUUCCUGUCAAAAAGAGUUGGAAGGUAAAUCAGCUGGGAGACAGGAAGUGAACUGGGACUUGUUUAGUCAGUAUUUACAGUGUACAAGGAUAAACAUGAAUGUCAGACAGGUUUUACCUCCUGGGGGGACAAACAUUGCAGACUACCCCAAACCUGUCUGUCCAUCACUCAACUGUAAAAGAGAGAUAAAGAAUUAGUACGAAGAGUAUAUUCUAGAAAUAACAAAUGGAAAGGAUUAACAAGGGAAGGUAGUCAUAUAAAAUGUUUUUGCUUCUGUGAUAAUUUUCAGAAACAUUGUUAAUAAAAGCAACAUGUACUUUACAUAGUACCUUUAA